GCCAGCGCUCUGUAGAAUGGCGGCGGCUGCUGGCGGUGCACACGGCGGUACCACAGCAAAGCCACACAAAGAACAUCCGCGAAAAAGUAAAGAUUCACGCCGGAGACAAGCGGCCCUGCUGUUUUUGAAUAACAUCUCUCUAGACGGACGGCCUGUCUACGCUCUCGAUAAUGGCCUCAGAGAAACUUGGAACCAAACCGUGGAAGUCGGACCACCGGCGGUUUCUCUCCCGGUGUCGACGGCAAGCAGCUGCGGGAAUUUCAGCCAGCUGUCACCGUUCAGUGGAACUGCUUUACCGAGGACUAGCACCUGUCCCCCGGGUCCUCUCCCCAUGACAGCGGUAGCAGCUUUCAGUCUAGGGGGAAACAGCAGUGAGGUGUCCUUGGAGAGCGGAAGAAUGGACCCUUUGUCAUCUGUAGCAUUACCCGUUUCUACGACCUCCGGAGCUCAAAACCCGCAUCCGAUUAUCGCUAAAUCUCCGGCCGUGGUGUCAGGUGCUAACUCCGGACCACCGGAUCUCCGUCAGCGGACACGUAAUCAGUCAGGGUCUCCUGGGCCCGUCGUGUAUAAGAAGGUGCACUUCAUCAAGAACAUGCGGCAAUAUGACACUCGAGGCAGUAGGAUUGUUGUGAUCUGUGCCAAACGAUCUCUGUGUGCUGCUUUCUCUGUACUGCCCUAUGGGGAGAGCUUUCACAUCAGUGAAGAGGCCCAGAGACAGAGGAACCCAUCCGGCGGAGCAGCUGAUACAGUUCCUGUAUUGGAGGGUGUGGAACUGGGGGCUUUAGGGAAGACAGUAUCUUAUGCCCGGUUCCUACUUCCUACCAAUGCCCUGGUCAGGCAGAAAAGCAACGUCCCACUGGAUACCACCACGGUACAGACACCAGCGUCCCGUAACUGGAUAAACAACCAGAAGAACUUCUGUCAUCAACGUUUGUGCAGCAACGUCGGACAAGAAGCUGCAGGUGUGGACGAGUUGUCAGAUUAUGACCCUAAUCUACUAAGUGAUCCUCAGUGGCCAUGUGGGAAACACAAGAGGGUCUUAAUCUUUGGCUCUUAUGUGACAACUGUUAUUGAAUAUGUAAAACCAUCUGACCUGAAGAAGGACAUGAAUGAAACGUUCAAGGAAAAAUUUCCCCAUAUUAAGCUGACAUUGAGCAAGAUUAGAAGCUUGAAAAGAGACAUGCGUGCAGUGAGCGAGGAGUGUGGUCUACAGCCAGUUACUAUAGCGAUGGCCUAUGUGUACUUUGAGAAGUUGGUUCUGCAGGGUCGACUGAACAAGCCCAACAGAAAACUGGUAUCUGCGGUGUGUGUGCUGCUGGCAGCCAAGAUCAGCAGUGACCUCAAGAAACUGGAGGUCAAACAGCUGAUAGAUAAGCUAGAGGAGCGUUUUCGAAUAAGUCGUCGGGAGCUCAUUCCCCUGGAGUUCCCCGUCCUGGUUGCACUGGAAAUGGCUCUCUACCUCCCGGACAGUAAGGUCAUGCCACACUAUCGCAGGCUGGUGCAGCAGGUGUAGAACCGGAGAAAGACCCUUCAGCUUCUGAACCCUAAACAAAUGCAGUUAAACACAGGACUCUACUGACCUUAAUAUAUUCACUCAUGUGACUGUAUUAAAUUUCAGUCUUCCAUGUAGUACAACCCUCAUGUUUGGUGUGCUGGUUAGUUCUGGAGGUGGAAAUUUAUUUAACUUUAUAUACCCCCCCCCCAGUGUUUUUACUUAUGACUUUUUUUUUAAUGUGAUUUUCUUUUUAUUUUUAAACCAUAUUUAUCAAUACAGCUGUAUAUUUAUAGAUUCUGUCAAUAUCAUACGUUUGGAGACUGACUGUAUUUUCCUAACUUAAGGUAGUUAGUGUAUGUGGAGUGUGUAUUUUGUCAAGCAUAUUCUGAAAAUGACUCUAUGUUAGAGGUGACAUUUUCCAGGCACGUUAUUUGUGCCAUCCUCAUCAGAUGUUCCAUGUGUUCCCUGGUUAUAUGGUUUUGUCUCUUUUUUUUCUUUCUUUUUUUUUCCCCCUUAUGUAGAUGAAAUGUUGCGUGAGCAGUGUAUGUGAUUUUGAUGUUGAAACGUUCUGUAGCUUUAGAUACAAGAGUGCCAAUUAAAUCAGACCAGCUUGUAAUUAAGAGUUAUUAAUGCUAAUUAUUCUAUUGCACAAAGGAAAUUUGCAUAGUUUUUAAAAACGGUACAAAUUGCAUGAAGAAAAGCUUCACUGUGGACGUAGCUGUGCUCUGUGUGUGUAUAUAAUCACCAUAGGGGUUUGGUGGUUAGUCCAAACACUGUAUGGCAAAAGAUAAAUCACUGUUUAUGAACUGUGGUAUGUUGAGUAACGUAAAACCAUCAGUGAUCCGUUUGUGUUGUACUGUGACAUACUGCAUUUGGUGCAAUGUGUGAGUGUACUGUAUGCUGUACAUAGUCUCACUUAUUUUUAUUUGGAACGACGACAGUUGUUGUAGCCUAGUCCACAGUAGUUGAGGCUGCAACACUGAAUAAUAUGCCAUAAUUUAUUUUCCUUUGAACUUACACAAGUUCAGUUGUAUUUUAAGGUACGGACAUUUGUCAAGAAUUGACUGUGAUAGAUGUUGUCUUACACUUUUUCUCUCAGGGAGGGUUUCUUGCUAUUGUGAACACUCUUUGCGAACCUGUCUUAAACCUUUGUGAAUUUUUGCGUCUAGUGCGUUUUGUUUUUUUUUAACAAGAGAACUUUAAACUCUUGUUAUGAAUCAUUUAGAAACAGCUAUUUAUUUUUUAACCUAAAUAUUUUUAUUGCAGCAUGAAGUGCCUUGUUUGUUACACUGAUCACUUUGCUGCCAUGCCAUUUAAAUAGUCUUCUGCACAUCAACAUUUGACUCCACAAUAGUUUGUCACCAGCUUUGGAAAUAGUAAAACACCUCAGACAGUCUAACCUUUUGUUGGAUGUCACGUGGUCUGAUACUGUAUGACACUGUGAGAUGUUGCACGAAGAGAAUAACUCUGAGCACAUGUCUGUAUUUUUUGUGUAUUUUGCCAAAAAGACAUUUUUAAAUGGGAAAUGAAGUGGUAGUUUAGUUUCUGUAUGAUGCCAAAAUGUUUUGUGCUGUAUGG